AUCUGCCAAUAUUGCCACGCGUCGACUGUUGUCAACAAAAAAAUCUAACAACGUCGACACCGAAAGUAGAAUCUAGAUCUAGAAUCUAGAUUAGGUCUAACACGUUGAUAAAUCUAUAUUUUAUUAAAAACCAAAAGCUAUGACAGGGUCAGCCGGUAACCGAUCCAACAUGCGCUCUCCAGGUCGUACACCACCUUUUAUUUUAAUAGGGUUGUUAGUUUUGGUCUGCUUUUUAGCGUACUCUUAUUGGAGUUUCUAUGCUGAAAAUUCUCUGCUGAAAUCAGAAAUUGAAACUGUUCUUGUGCAAAAAAAAGAUGUUGAUGACAAAAGAUCGGAUUCUGAAAAAAAUUUGGAAAUUUCAAGAGAAGAGGUUCGAAGAUUGCAGGCAAGUAAUGAUCAGCUGCAAAAACAGUUACAAGAGAAAGAUGCAGAAAUUAAUACUGUGAAAACAGACGUGUCAAAAAAGCAAACAGAAUUUGAGGAGCUUCAAAAGAAUUUGGCUAACUGUGAUGGAAGUCUUGCAAGAAGUACAAAAGACUUGGAGGAUGCGAAAAAUCAAAAUAUAGAAUUGGGAAAAGCUUUAGAAGAAGAAAAGAAAAAGCCUUCAACUUGUGAUAUAAAUACCUGUAUAAACCCUAUUAAAGGUGUAAUUGAUGUGGCUGCCAAGGUUGCAGGAACAGAUGUUCUUGGAAAGGCUCUAGCUGAUGCUAAAUUUGAUGCAGCGAAGCUGAUGGAGGGUAUUGCAUUGUAUGAACCUGCUAGACAGCAGCAGCCUGUUCCAAUAGCAGGUCAACCUGGCGCAGACGGCACUCAAAAUAAUAAAUCACAACCUAAUGAGAAUAUUCCUGACAGUGAGAAAAAUGCCACCUUAGUUUUCCAACCAGAACAGGCUAAUAAAGAACCCUCUGUUAAAACAUCAGAACCAGUUACCGAAAAUGAUUUAAAUUCUACACCAAACACUCUCCAAACUGAGGAUAGCAAAGGUGUUAGUAAUGACAACUUAAAGGAGGAUGUUGCAGAAAAUAUCCCAGAACAAGAUGAAAAUAAAGAGAAAGAAAAUAAAUCAGAUGUUUAACAUGCGGCAUGAAAAAAGAUUUAAUCAACGAAUCUUGAAAUUUUUGAAUGCAACAAGUGAAAGGAUUUGUCUUAAUUUAAGUUAUCACCAUUAUUAUUUGGUAACUACCAUUGAUUGAUUGUUGGAAUGUAUCCUUGAAUGAAUGUUGUAAAUUUAUUAUUACAAUUAUUUGGAUGCUAAUAAUAAAAAGACAAUGCAUAAUCAUUAUGUAGUCAGGCCUUUGUCUUGGGUGAAGUAUUAAAAAUGUUUUUUAAAAAAUGUUGCUUAAAGUUUAAGCUUGUGUUGCUCUUAGGUUGUUUUUUUUUUUGUUUAAUUAUUUUUUAAAUUAUAUUGAGUAAAUUAUUUCUUCAAAUAUUACUUGUACUGGUUAGUUACUUGCAGUAUUUUAAAUUUUUUUAUCUUAUUUCAAUAUUUUUAAAAAGUUUUCCAGUUUUGUAAAAGUCUUCUUUUCUGUUUAGUCAUUUUCUAAAUGGAAGCUGUUUUUAUGCGUUUGAAACAAAAGUGGUAUUACUUACAGAUCAGAAUUAAGAAAUAUAAUUAUUGAAAUAACAGGUUUAGAGUCUUGAGUAGUUUUCUUUUGCAUACUUAGAUUUCCUGAUGAAAUGGGUCUUUUAACAAGUUUUUUUUUCUAGAUUUUCCUUAUCUAUUUGGUAUUAAUCAAAUUGUUGGGUUUGUAAUGCAUUUUGUAUUAUGGAGUAUAUUUCUAAAUUAAUUUUAUUUUGUGAGUCUUUGUAUAUUUUAUUUAGUGGGUAUAUUUUCUGAUGAAUUUCUUGGUAUUAAAGAAAAUUAAAAUACAAUUAUAAAUGGUUUUCUAUGUUAGUAUAAAAGAUACUUAUAAAUGUAUAAUUCUAAUCAGCAACUUUGCCAAUAAUAGGGUCAUUGCAUUUUUAAUUAAUUUUUUUUGAAAGUCGAUGUUUUUGGAAACAAUUUAAGAAAAGUUGCAAGAAAGGCCUGAGUAGUACUAGUGCCAAUUUAUGUAUUUAUCUGCUUCAGAAUUAACUAAAUAAUCUAGUGUUAGUAUAUUAUUAAUGCUUGUAUCAUUUCCAUUAAAAUGUGUACUUGUAGUAUAGUUCUAGUUGAAGUGUUCCACCUUAUAUUUUAUGUGCCUUUUCUUCCAUACACAUACUGCUGCUAUAUUUUAAAAGAUAAAUUUACAGUUGUAAACUGAAUCUCCAAUGUGACCAUAAACAAAUUGUUACUCUUCAAGUUAAAAAGCAAUGCUUGUUUAUUUUAUCUUUAAACCUUUUUUUGAUAUUUAUGUUAACACCCAGAUGCUGUGAUAAAAGUAUUUUAGAAAAGAUGAACAGUUCUACAAUGGAGAAAUUUAAUUACAUGUUAAUUUUUACUCAACUGUGGUUUAUUGGUUAAAUAAUUAUGCAUAUAUGUUAUAUUUAUGAUUUAUUUUCAAGACCUUACAGUCUUGAUUUUAUGCAAGUUUUGCUUACAUUUUUUUAUUUUUAUACUCAUAUGAGGGCUGUCAACAUUCCAAUAUUUAUUCAAACUGUUUUUAAGGUUUGCUUCAUUGAUUCCCAACUUUAAGAAAACCCUAGUAAUAUGCUUAGUAUUUCAUAUCUACUCCUUAUAAUUUAAGACUUUUACCAAGAAUUUUUUUUUUUUGAAACCAGCAGUGCAUUUGUUUGCUAAAGAGUUUAAAAAAAAAAAAAGAAAAGUAUAUUUUUUAAAAUUUGAGUGCCAUUUUUUUUAUAAUUUAAAGACUCCUCUGAUCUUCAUCCCAAUUUUACUUACUGCUUUUUGAUCACCAUCUGUGCUACUGUAUUUUUGAAAACAUACAAUUUUAUUAUAUAAAUAUAAAUGAUCCUUGGUAUUUAGGGAAAUUACAGGUUGUAUUAAUUUAGUAUUUUUCAAUGCAUUGUUUCUAUUUUAAGUUACUAAAGUGAAUAUUUUUAAAAUGUACUGUUUUGAACAAUUUACACAUUUAUAUGAACAACAUUUAUCUAUAUACUUUAUCAACUAAUUCUUUUGUACACAAUGUGGGGAGAAAUAAACAGUUUUUUAAAUUUUAGA